UCUUCGGCCCCUGACCUUGCGGUUUUCUCCUUGGCCUAUAAGGGAAGCAAACUCAGGGAGCCUGGUUUUAGGAGAUGGGAGAAAGAUUAGAGCAGUGGUUCUGAAAGUGUGGUCUGGGAGACCCUGCGAAUGUCAAGAUCAUUUCAGAGCGUCUAUUGCAAAACUAGCUUUUAACAGUAGAACGUCAUUUGCCUUUUUCCGCUCUCACUGGAAUUUUCCAGAGGCGACCUGGUGUGCGAUGAUGUCAUUGCUCUGAUGACAAAAGGCAUGUGUGUUCGUACACUCUUAUGUUUUCUAGGAUUUCCCACGAUCUGAGGGCCAGUACCUGAACCAUAGGAAAUUCAACAAAGCAUUUUCAACCUUCUGAGCCUUCAUGGAAGACAAAGAGCCACACAGUUUUCUCCAGUUAAUACACCAGUAGUGCAGGAGCAGGAAUUUGUAGAGUAUUUACAUAGGAUUGGAAUGUCAAAAGGGUUUGUACCUUGAGCAAGGGGCUGCUUGCUCCUGGCAGACGACUGAAUCAAGGAUGCCAGGACUCCAGGAAACAGGGAACCUUCCACAUUCGUGAAGUUCGAGAUAAAUUGCGGGAGAUAGUAGGAGCAUCUACAAACUGGAGAGACCAUGUGAAAACAAUGGAGGAAAGAAAAUUACUUCACGGUUUUUUGGCUGAGUCACAGAAAGGACUGCCAUCCAGGACAAUGAAGGACAGUUACAUCGAAGUCCUCUUGCCUUUGGGCAGUGAGCCUGAAUUACGAGAGAAGUAUUUGACUGUUCAAAACACUGUAAGGUUUGGCAGGAUUCUUGAGGAUCUUGACAGCUUAGGAGUUCUUAUUUGUUACAUGCACACCAAAAUUCAUUCAGUUGAGAUGUCUCCUUUAUCAAUAGUUACAGCCCUGGUGGACAAGAUUGAUUUGUGUAAGAAAAGCUUAAGUCCAGAACAGGACAUUAAGUUCAGUGGCCACGUUAGCUGGGUUGGGAAGACUUCCAUGGAGGUGAAGAUGCGAAUGUUCCAGUUGCAUGAUGAUGAAUUUUGUCCUGUUUUGGAUGCAACGUUUGUAAUGGUGGCUCGUGAUUCUGAAAAUAAAGGGCCGGCAUUUGUAAAUCCACUCAUCCCUGAAAGCCCAGAGGAAGAAGAGCUCUUUAGACAAGGAGAAUUGAACAAGGGGAGAAGAAUUGCCCUCAGUUCCACAUCAUUACUGAAAAUGGCUCCCAGCGCUGAGGAGAGGACCACUAUACAUGAGAUGUUUCUUAGCACGUUGGAUCCAAAGACUAUAAGUUUUCAGAGUCGAAUUUUGCCCCCUAAUGCAGUGUGGAUGGAGAAUUCAAAACUGAAGAGCUUGGAAAUUUGCCACCCUCAGGAGCGGAACAUUUUCAAUCGGAUCUUUGGUGGUUUCCUUAUGAGGAAAGCAUAUGAACUUGCUUGGGCUACUGCGUGUAGCUUCGGUGGUUCGCGACCAUUUGUGGUGGCAGUGGAUGACAUCAUGUUCCAGAAACCUGUUGAAAUUGGCUCAUUGCUCUUUCUUUCUUCACAGGUUUGCUUUACUCAGAACAAUUACAUUCAAGUCAGAGUACACAGUGAGGUGGCCUCUCUUCAGAAAAAAGAGCAUACAACCACCAAUGUCUUUCAUUUCACGUUCAUGUCGGAAAAAGAAGUGCCCUUGAUUUUCCCCAGAACAUAUGGAGAGUCCAUGUUGUACUUAGAUGGACAGCGGCAUUUCAACUCCAUGAGUAUACCAGUGACUUUGAGAAAGGACUACCUUGUGGAGCCCUAGGAAAACCUCACGUGUUGAAAACCAGCCUUUCACCUGCAUUGACACAGUCUCUGAUAACAGCCUUGAUUUUAGUGUUGCUUUCCAUCCUCUAUCGAGAAGGAGAAUGUUUUCAGCAUUUAGGGUGAUCAGAAAAGCAUAAUAACAUAGUGGCUGGAUGGGGCUGAGGGGAGAAAGAAUUAUUAAACCACAAAUACUUUCAAAAUAGUUUUCAUUGUAAACCUAA